UUACUCUUUCUUUUUCCCGACUUCCCAAACAGCCUUUUUUUUCUUCCUUAAAUUUCAAUUCUUCUUCUAAAUCUUUCAAUAAAAUCCGUUGAAACUUGGAACGAAAUGAUUGAGACGAAAUUGAAAACUCAGAGAUCGAACGACUCGUCGUCUAUGAGGAAGUCGUCGUCGAGAAAUUCCGAGUCGUCGCUUCACAGUCAUAUGGAGUCUCCUCACUCGCCACUGCGGUUCCACUCGCCGCUCCGAUCCGACGCCGGCGACCCUCCCGAGACGCCUCCUUAUGCCUCUCCGGAUACCUCCCCUGAGAAGCUGCCUGAUAACUCUAAGGCGAUUGUUGUGGUUGAUGUUGUUGAUAAGAGUACUCAGUUCUCGCCGCUUCCGUCUCCCUACGCCGACUCCAGGAAGCCGCCCGCGGAGAACGCCAACUUCCCGGCGGAUAGGUCGACUUCGUCUAAGGUUAUGUUUAAUCGGGCAAUGAGGGAGGAGGUGCCGCAGUCGGUGACGAAGGUGGGGCCGGCUGCGACUGGAGGAGUGGAGGGUGGUGGUGGUGGCGGCGGCGGGAGAUCGCCGAAGCAAAUGGCGCCGGCACCGAGGAGGUCGAAGGCUGAUGCGUUAACGAAGGCGGCUUUAGGCUUUAGAGUGUGUGAAGUGGCAGUUUGUUUGAUUUCUUUUUCGGUUAUGGCGUCUGAUAAGACUCAGGGUUGGAGCGGUGACUCCUUUGAUCGUUACAAGGAAUACAGGUACUGCCUCACUGUGAAUGUAAUUGCAUUUAUAUAUGCGGCAUUUCAAGCGUUUGAUCUUGUCUAUACUCUAAUCAAGAAAAAACAUAUGAUACGUCAUUAUCUCCGCUAUCACUUUGAUUUCUUCGUGGAUCAGGUACUAGCAUAUCUUCUCAUAUCAUCGUCAUCUUCGGCCGCCACCCGUGUGGACGACUGGCAAUCGAAUUGGGGAAAAGACGAGUUCACGCAGAUGGCCACUGCAUCGGUCAGCAUGUCCUUCCUUGCCUUUGUUGCUUUUGCCUUUAGUUCGCUUAUCUCUGGUUACAACCUUUGUACCCGUGAUCCUGCGUGAAAUUAAAAUCUCAGCCAUGUUCGUUUUUCCCUGCAAAGAGAAAAUUUUAUAUUGUCAAUCCAAAAUUAUUAUGAUUUUUUUUUUCUGAUGUUGUACAGAGAUAUCAUAGCUAGCUUUUGACCUUACAAUAAAGAGGAUACCAAAUUGUAAAACGGUUGGGUUAUUUUUAUUGGAUAUUUUUUUUUGCAUAUAAAUGAAGCUUCUAUGCUCUUAAGCAGCAAA